UUAUAGUCUUUUCUUAUCUAUUGUGAUGCAUGUAUAUUCAAAUUAUACGGCUUUUAGAACAAGAAAAACAUUUAGGGCGGGACGUUGUACAUCGGGAAUUGAUUGGCUCGUUGGGUUGUUGAUCUCAUAUGAUUGACAGGUUGUCCCGCCCUCGCACCAGUAAACACGUCUUCGGAGAAGAGAAUGAUGUUGCAAGGAGGGAGGGGAAAUUAUAUUUUUAUUUAUAAGUUAAUUUGAAUUAUUAACGAUUACUAGGGCACAUGAAUUAAAUAUUAUUAUGUGUCAGAUUAUGAAUCAUUUAUAAUAAAUGCUGCAAUAUUCCAUAAAAUAUUUUCGCAAAUAUGCUUACACACUGUUGUCAUAUAUCUAUGAUAAUCCACAUAUAGGAAGAUUUACCAUACAAACCCUACACGAACAGAAGUCCUCCAGCAGCAUCCUGUGAGCAGAGCAGAGGAGCAGUAUGACAGCCCAUCCCAGCAGCUGAGCUUUGCUGUGGGAUACGCAACUACAUAGAGAUUGAAGAUGUCCUCCACUCCGCUGGCCGAGGCAGAAGAGGAUGUGUUUGAUCUGACGGAGGUGGUUCCUGAGACAGAACGACUUGACAGCAGCCUACAAAAAGCCAAAGCACAACUGUCAAUCAAAACCAGGAGGCAUCGGCCAUCCCGAACCCGCCUGAGAGAUAGUGUGAGCUCGAUAGAUGGGGAUGACAGCAUUGAUAGAAUGAGUUAUGGCGGCUCCAUGCAGACCUCCUCUUCUCCUCUCCAACCUUCCUUUCGUUGCUCCUCCCCCUCCUCUGACCUGCUUCUCUCCUCUCCUUCCUCACGGAGAGACCAAUCCUUCACCUUUGACCCCUACACUGUGGUUGGAGAAAAGGAGGUACAAGAUGAAAGACGGAGCUACAGACACCUCCUGAACACCUCCUCUCAGGAGGCUUUGCCCUUCACCCGUUCUAAAUCCCCCUGCAGACCCUGCGUCCAUUCAGAGACAUCUUCCCCUGCCCAUCUUUGCCAGACGGACCACCUAAAGUCACGCGAGAGCAGCCAACCCCUCCUACACUAUGGAGAUUUCUCACAGAGUGAAGAUGACAGUCAUGACACAGGCCCCGACGAACCAGAUAGUCCAACAGUGCUGCUGGACAAGAAAACCAGGAGACGUUUUCUUGAUCUGGGGGUCACUUUACGUCGCACAUAUGGAAAGGUCAGGAAAGACAGAUCCAACAGACUAUCAGCAGGAAAUCGGGAUUCAGAGAAAACAGAGAACCGUUCCUCACGUUCCUCUGGUCCACCGUUUGUGCCUUUCUCCUGGUUUAGUGAAAGAUUAAGAGGCUCUGGCUCCCCCAAGAACAUUCAGUCCCAAUCCAAACCUUUCACCCAGGGCUCCAGUACUGAUGAGGACUUUGAUUCUUCAGUGGGUUUACUGGAAGACUGCAGACCCUGCAAAACUGAGUCAUCACAACCAUAUCAGACCCUCCCUGAGCAUUCAGAUGGGAAUGACUGUGACAACAGUCGAGGCACAGAUUUCAGUUUUAAAAAGAAGAUGCUUUCUGCUGCUGGUAAAGAUAGGACGGAGCGACAGAACAACGUUAAUGGAAAACGGGACAGCGGGAAAAAUGGACACAGUGAAGAUGGACAAAAAUUACUGAACACUUGAUGGCAUUUCUGAAAGACUGAAUACAAUUAUGCUGCAGGUGCCAUUAUCAAUGUCAAACGUUGCUUUGGCUUUCACAAUGUAUUACUGAUAUAGUAAUAAAGACAACUUGCAAAAUUGUUCAUUAGACAUUUGAUUGAAAAAGUGAUUCUGGAACAUCAGUGCAAGAUGUCUAAAGCAGGUGAAGUGUGUCAUUUUCAUUAAUCAUCAUUAAUUUAACUCCUUAUGGCUCACAGAAAUUGUUGUUUAAUGUACAUUGUUGUACAUUUGUAACUUGUUGUACAAUAAUAAGACAUUCCUAACAUAUUUGUGGACAUGAAAUCCUCCACAAAAGACCAAUUUAUGCAUCAUUUGGAAAUAAAAAAUAGUUAGUUCAAGAAGCGCUUCAAGCGCAGACUCACACUUGACAAAAUAAAUGAUAAAUAUGC